AUGGCACAACAAAUAGAUAUGUUCGACGAGUACCUUCACGUCGGGGAUACAACUGGCCGCGAAUGUCCGAAGAAAUUUUGUAAGUUAGUUGUGGAGGCUUUUGGCGACACAUAUUUGCGACGUCCGACUGCUGACGAUUGCCAGAGCCUGAUGCGGAUGCACGAAACGGUGCACCGCUUCCCUGGGAUGCUAGGGAGCAUCGACUCAAAGCAGGAGUCAGCCCGGAAGGAUGUGGAGCGGGCUUUUGGGGUGCUUCAAUCGCGGUGGGCAAUCGUGAAAGGUCCGACGCGUUUCUGGUACAAGGACGUCAUCGCCGACGUCAUGUAUGCGUGCAUCAUCAUGCAUAACAUGAUAGUCGAACAAGAACGUGGCCAUGUCACCAAUUGGGUGGAUGAUGAACCCGAAUCUAGCUCCAGCACGGCGACCUCGCCGGUCACUCGAGGAUUACCGACUGGCUUCGGUGCGGUUCUAGAGCGACAGGCCUCAAUGCGCAACCAACAAGACCAUACUCAGCUCAUGACCGACAUGAUUGAAGAAGUUUGGACCCGCAACUGCCGCCGUUGA